AUGAGUAAUGGUGAUUUAAAGGAACUUGGGCUGGUAAAUGUCCUUUCACAACAUUCGAUAGAGCAGAAAAUCGAAAAUGAUUUAGAAUCUAUUAGUAACCGAAAACUUAUAGAACAAGAGGAGCAAAGGUUAGAAAGAUCACAGAAUCUGCUAGAUAAGCAUCUUUCUAAGAAAAGGUAUCUAGAAAGAAAAUUAAACAAUGCAACUAGGAUAUCUGUUAAAGAGAAACUGAGAGGUCAAAUCCAUACUUUGCAAAAUGAUGAAAUCCAGUCUGUUAAGGACGAUAUAAAUGAUAUCGAGGACAGGCUACGUUUAUUGAAAGAUAAUGUCAGUAAAAAGAACGUAACCCACGAAGGAAGGAAACAGGAUGAGUCAGAAAAGGACUAUCUCAUCAGAACGGGUCAGAUAACUGCAUUUGGUUCUUCUAAAGGGUUUACCUUAGAUUUAGAAGCUAGUGAAUCAGCAGAAGAAGAAACUAAGGAACAAGAGAAAAACUUUGUAAAAGCAAACGAACAAAUGUUUGAAAAUAUUACUGAUGAGGAGAAAGAGGAUACAAAUGACAGUGACUACAUCGAAAACGAAGUUAAUGAAGACAUAAAAGAGGAAUUUGAGGAAUCGAGCGAUGUAGAAGAAUAUGAAGACGAGGAGACACUAAUCUCAAGACCAAGUGAAGCCAAAGAUGAUGGGGACGAAUAUUUUUACCAGAAGAGGCUCAAAAAGUGGAUAACUCAACGUUCGGACAAUCGAAAAGUAGAUAAAUUCCCUGACCUUCCUGAGUGGAGAAAACCACAUCCCAAUAUUCCCGAUGCUAGGUUGAAUGAACUGUUUAAAAUACCUGGGGAGAUUUACUCGCUGCUAUUUGGAUACCAAAAAACAUGCGUUCAAUGGCUUUACGAGCUAUUUCAACAGCAAUCUGGCGGAAUUAUUGGUGAUGAAAUGGGUUUAGGAAAAACUAUUCAGGUUAUUGCAUUUGUUGCCUCUUUACAUCACUCGGGAUUACUCAAUGGGCCUGUUCUUAUUGUAUGCCCCGCAACAGUCAUGAAGCAAUGGGUCAAUGAACUUCAUCAUUGGUGGCCGCCACUGAGAGCUAUAAUAUUGCAUGCUAUUGGGUCUGGAAUGUCAAUGAAGAAAAAAUUGACUGAAGAUGAACUGGAGCAAAUAUUAUUACGUUCUACUCCCGAUGAGUUUUCCUAUAAUGACUUCCAGAAAAGCUCGAAGGCAAAAUAUGCGUUAGAAUCAGAUAUGAAUCUAGUAUCAUUGAUAGAUAAGGUUGUCAACAACGGUCACAUCUUGAUUACUACUUACGUUGGUCUGAGAAUACACUCUGACAAAUUACUGAAGAUAAACUGGGCGUAUGCAAUCCUAGAUGAAGGACACAAAAUUAGAAAUCCUAACUCUGAAAUUGCAAUAACGUGCAAAAAACUAAAGACACGCAAUCGUAUAAUAUUGUCUGGUACGCCUAUUCAAAACAAUCUGAAUGAAUUAUGGUCUUUGUUUGACUUCAUUCUUCCUGGAAAGCUCGGGACACUUCCUGUGUUUCAACAACAGUUUGUGAUGCCCAUUAAUAUGGGUGGCUAUGCGAAUGCAAGUAAUAUCCAGGUACAAACGGGGUAUAAAUGUGCAGUUACUCUGCGUGACAUAAUCUCGCCUUACCUACUUCGUAGGGUGAAGUCGGAUGUUGCAAAAGAUUUGCCUCAUAAGAAGGAAAUGGUACUAUUCUGCAAGUUAACACAAUAUCAGAGGAAUAAAUAUAUAGAGUUCCUCAAUUCUAAAGAACUAUCAGAAAUAAAGGGAGGGAAACGGCAUGUUUUAUAUGGUAUUGAUAUUCUUAGAAAGAUUUGCAACCAUCCAGAUAUAUUGGAUAAGGAUAAAUUAGAAGAUGAUGUAAGUUACGGAAAUCCUAAACGAUCAGGAAAGAUGCAAGUAGUGAAGCAAUUAUUGCUACUUUGGAAGGAUGAGGGUCAUAAGACUUUGCUAUUUACCCAAUCAAGACAGAUGCUAGACAUAUUAGAACAGUUUAUUUCUUAUAAGGAUCCUGAAAUGGAGAACAUCAACUACUUGAGAAUGGAUGGGACAACAAAUAUUUCCAAAAGACAAGAGUUGGUUGACCGUUUUAAUAAUGAAAACUAUGAUCUGUUUUUACUAACAACCAGAGUUGGUGGUUUAGGUGUAAAUUUGACGGGGGCUAACAGGAUUAUUAUUUUUGACCCAGAUUGGAACCCAUCUACAGAUAUGCAAGCAAGAGAGCGGGCUUGGAGAAUUGGUCAAAAACGAGAAGUUUCAAUUUACAGACUAAUGGUAUCUGGAUCCAUAGAGGAGAAAAUAUAUCAUAGGCAAAUAUUUAAGCAGUUCUUGACCAAUAAAAUUUUGAGUGACCCAAAACAAAAGCGAUUUUUCAAAAUGAACGAAUUACAUGAUUUGUUCUCUCUUGGUGGGGAUGAUGGAGUACUUAACGAGAGACUGACAGAAGAAGUACAAAAGCAUACUGCAAAUCUAAAGAAUUCGAAAACUACUGAGAGUGACGAUCUUGAACAGGUCGUACAAAUACAAGGGGUUUCUAAGCUUGAAGGCUUUUAUUCUGGUAAAGAACAAAAAGAGGCGUCGAAGAAUGAAGAUGAUAGACUGAUCGAAGGUUUAUUAGGCGGAGAAAGCAAUUUAGAAAAUGCGAAAACUCACGAAGAUAUGGUAACUUCACAUAUGAAAUCUGCUUCAACGUCUAAUCUAAUUACAAAAGAAGCGAAUAAGGUUGCAGCUGCUGCUUUAGAUGCUUUAAGAAAAUCUCGUAAGAGUACUAGAAAAUAUGAAAUAGGUACACCUACAUGGACUGGGAAAUUCGGUUCAGCUGGGAAAAUUAACAAAAGCAAAGGGAAACUAAGAAAACAAUUGGGGUCUUCACAGAUAUUGGCGAAUAUAAAGAGAGUUCAACAGGGCUCAGCUGCCCAAAAUGAUGCAUUAGCCAAAAUUAACAUAAAUAGGGAACUACUAGAAAGGAUCCAAGUGCACUUGAACAAACAGAUUGGCUUUUUCUCUUCAUCUGUAAAUAUUAUUGAGAAUAUAGGUUUAAAGCUAUCCGAGGAGGAGGAUGUAAUCAAAGCCAGAGCGUUACUGAAAACUGUCGCAACUUUUCAUAAGGAGAAGAGAGGCUGGAUUCUUAAUGAGGAAUUCAGGACUGGAUGA